GUCAGGACGACGGCGGCGCCACGAUGACAGACCGACAUGCCGAGAACUCGCAGCUGACGGACCUGCAGACGUAUCGGUCGCAGACCAUGAAGGACUACGGCCUCAUGAUCGAGUACAAGCACAUGAAGCACCAUGUGCCCAGCGGCAUAUACGUUUUGCCGAACUUUGACGAGCCGCGGGUGUGGCAUGGUGUAAUUUUCAUCCACCAAGGACUGUACCGCAACGGCAUCUUCAAAUUCUCCAUCAAGAUCCCAGAACAAUAUAAUGCCACUGGCACAUACCCCAAGAUCACGUUCUACUCGAAGGUGUUCCAUCCCUAUGUGUAUCCCGAGUCGAACGAUCUGGACUUGUUGCCCAAGUUUCCGACAUGGGACCCCGACCUCCAUUACAUCGUGUCGGUGCUCGUGUACAUGAAGAGCAUAUUCUACUCGAAGGAGUUCUCGCCAGACGUCCGACGGGUCGCCAACGGCAAAGCCCUCGAUCUAUUCCGCCGACACCCCGAAGCGUAUGUGGAGCAAGUGGACGCAUGUGUCCAAGCCUCCCUCACAAAUUUGUACCAAAAUGAACCAGGAUCGAGUCUUCGCUUUACGAAGCCUAUUCCCGCGCAUGAGACUCUACGCCAAGAGUUCCUGCAACAACUGGAGCCCUCUCCGUCCGCGUUUGCGCACGUAUGAGCAUUGGCAUCAUGUGUGAUGAAGGAUUCGUCAUGGAUCUACCGGUAUGCGUGUUGUAGGAGAAUCCAUCAGCAGAGGAGCAGCGGGAGGAAACAGUGACGAACAUGAACGAUGUCGCGUUGGAUGAGUUGGCAAACCAACAAGCAGAUCGGCCCCCAGAGCGAGAAGUCAUGGAUGAUCCCAUGGAGUAGAUAGCCCCAGGAACGCCAGCACACCAUGGCCUUGUAAAGCAUCAUACAUUCAUUCAAGUGCCGGCGUCCUUCUUCUGCACAGCCGUUCUGAGAUGCUUCUUCGUUUUGUUGGUGCCGAACAAGAUUUGGUCAAAAUAGUUUAUUGGCAGAAAUAUAUGGGUAUUUUUUGAUACCCACAAAGUAAUUGAAGUGAAACUAUUAAUACAC